ACCUUUUACCUGAGGGCUUCCCCUAGUGCACAACACCUUCCCAUUCUUCAGGCUGACUUCCUGACUGCAGUGAUGAAGGGCAACAUGUGGAUCUUUGCUACACUGAGUCUACUCCUGUGCUGGAUGAUGCCUUUUGACUCCAUGGCGGUCCCACUCGAUGCCAAAAAGAGGAUCCCAUUGAGCAUGGGUGAAAAUUCGGUUGAUGACAUGUAUUUUGGCUGCAAAAAAGAAAUGGAGAAUUUAGUGAAGGAUACAUUAUUUCCAAAAGAAAAGUAUGUGAUCCAAUCUGAAAAAGACUGGAGUAUUACAAGGUCUCUUGUAAAAAAGAAAUUUGAUUGGAGAAAGGAUAAGGAUCUUACCAUGGGUCACAUAACUGCAAUCUGUAUUUACACAGCUGAAAAUGUGUACAAGCGAUUUAAUACUGCAGUCCGGACAGAAAGGAGUAUCUAUCGCUCCAUGUUCCAGUACCACUCUCUACAUUACCUGCUGACUUCUGCCAUACAGAUCUUAAAUAGUAAUUACCACUGUCACUCUACUUUCAGACGAACCAAGGAUAUUUAUACUGGCAAAGUCAACCAAAAAAUUCGGUUUGGCUCUUUUACCUCAACAUCUUACAAACCAAAUUUGACGCACUUCGGUAAAAAGACCUGCUUCAAAAUUAAGACCUGUCUAGGCGCUUUUUUGAAAAGUUAUUCAUUCUUUAAUGAACAAGAGGCAGAGGUUCUCAUCCCUCCGUAUGAAACGUUCAUAAUUACCAAUAUACUUAAUGAGAAACAGGUUAAAAUGAAAGGUCUGGAAGAUUGUGAUGUAGUCUUUGUCUUAGAGAGUCUAGGAGUUGAGAGCAACCUUAACUGCAUGAAGUUCAAAUUUCACUAUAAGAGUUAGUUUGUUUGUGAUCAUUGUGGGCUUAUGAAUGCUAAAUUAAUUCCAGACAUUAAACUGCUCAAUGAAGAACUGUUUCUUUUUGUUUUCAUUUUCACAAUGUAACUAUAACAGUACAACUAUCGGUCUGUGUUUUGUUAUGUCUCGUCAAAUCUGUUAGUUAUGUUUAUUUAUUAUGUCUGUCAUUUCAUGUUUAAUCAACUAUUUAUGUCAUACCAAGUGAGGUGUUCAUGUAUUCACGUCAUGUCAUGUCAUGUCUAGUCAAGCCCCUGUGUUUCAUGUUGUGUCUCGUUUUCCAUUUCCUGUUUUAUUUUGUACUUACCUUGUUUCUCAUUGCAGGCCCUGUUACUUUCUGUCUUUGUGUGUUUUCCCGCCAUUGUCAGCAUCUGCCCUGCCCCUGAUUGUUGUCACCUGUUGCCCUGUGUUUUUGCCUCCCCGCCCCAGCUGUGGCUUGUGUUGUGAUUAGUGUCUUUGUAUUUAGUCCUGCUUUCCCUUGUGUUCUCUUUCAGUUCAUUAUCGUCUUUCAUGUGUUCAAGUCAAGUGUUUUUCAUGUCCUGGAUUUUUCCCAACUUUGUAUUUUUGUAAAACAGCUUUGGAAUAAAGCUUGCCUUUUGUUUGUACCCAUACCUGCCUCCCUUUUUGCUGCACUUGGGCCCUAUUUCCCCAAACCCUGACAGAACGAACUGACCAAAGAUGGACCCAGCAGCUGAGCUACAUGAGGUGAAAUACAAGUUAAUUUGCCUAAAGAAUUUGUCUCGAUAUGCCUCAAGUAAAGAGGAGAGUCAGUGUUUCUUGUCCAUGGCGCGCCAAGAAGUGACAUCAAGGACCUGGUUAAGGGGCUCAUUUGAGGAUUGGGAAAAAGACUUUAUAGGUGAUUAUGAGAACAUACCUGAUUCCCGGCUUGCUAGCUCCAGGCAUGCUAGCCUUCGGGCCAU